UAAUAUGUAUGAUGUAUGGGUCCAAUUUUUCUCGAUUUCUGAGUUACCAAACAAACAUGAAUGAGCUUUAUAGUUGUUAUAGCUACCACCACCAUCCAUGCACUCCCAUUCUUCACUCUCUCCCUCUUUCUCGCUCUUAUCGCCACAUUUCUCUCCCUGUUCUUUUUGAUCUUCAUGUUGGUAUUCUGAUCUUCAAAGUUCCUCUCUUUUCCUUUUUUCAUGCCUGCCCUUUUUGUUUUCCUGCCUAUUCUAUCUCUGUCUCCAUUGCCUUCUCUCCUUUUUCGCUUAACAUUCAUGCAGGGGGGAAGAUUUUCAAAUCAUGCAGUGUUUGUGAUGAAUAAGAGACUCAAUUUUCUAUGAGGUCAAUCAAAUCAUGGAGGUGGUUGAUGGGAAGAAAGAUUGUCUUGUCUGAUGGGAAAGUCAAGUUUCAAGAUGAGACAACUGCCUAUGGCAGUUGUUUGUAUAGUGAUGUUGUUUGUUUUGUUUAGAACUAUAAAUUAUGAGUAUUACCAAGAAGAGAGAGAGAAAAAGUGGAGUUUCUUUGGAGAAACAAUGUCACAGGAGAAUGCUGACAAUUUUGCAAAGUUAAAAGGCCUGCCGCAGGGUAUAGUACACGCUACUUCAAAUUUUGAGUUGAGGCCUUUAUGGUUACCAAGUGGAUUAAGGUCAAAGGUUAGUGAUUACUCUAAUAGGAACUUGCUGGCAAUGCCAGUUGGAAUUACACAAAAGAACAAUGUAAAUGACAUGGUGCAAAAGUUUCUUACAGGAAAUUUUACAAUUAUUUUAUUCCAUUAUGAUGGCAAAGUGGAUGAGUGGUCAGGCUUUGAUUGGAGCAGAACGGUCAUACACAUAGCUGCUCAAAAUCAAACUAAGUGGUGGUUUGCAAAAAGAUUUCUACAUCCAGAUAUUGUAUCUACUUAUGAUUAUAUCUUUCUCUGGGAUGAGGAUUUAGGGGUGGAGCAUUUUUCUCCAUCAAGAUACAUUGAGAUUGUGAAGGAAGAAGGAUUGGAGAUAUCACAACCAGCUCUUGACCCAAAUUCAGUAGAAAUACAUCACAGAAUUACAGUUAGAGCUAGGAUGAAGAAAGUUCAUAGAAGAGUCUAUGAACUUAGAGGCAAAACUAAAUGUUCAGAGGAAAGCCAAGGGCCACCAUGUACCGGCUUUGUGGAGGGCAUGGCUCCUGUUUUCUCUCGUUCGGCAUGGUUUUGUACUUGGCAUCUUAUACAGAAUGACCUUGUCCAUGGAUGGGGAAUGGAUAUGAAGCUAGGAUAUUGUGCACAGGGUGAUCGCACAAAAAAUGUGGGGGUUGUCGAUAGCGAAUAUGUUGUACAUAAGGGAAUACAAACUCUGGGUGGUGAUUUAACAAAAGAUGCAAGUACUAAAACACCACCUACGAAGCAUGGCUUGGACGUGCGAACAGAGAUACGAAGACAAUCAACAUGGGAACUUGAAGUCUUCAAAGAGAGGUGGAAUCGAGCUACUUCUGAGGACACUAGAUGGGUAGACCCAUAUAAAAGUGAUCAAAGGCGCUUCAGACGAAGGCGCAACAGCAAACGGCUAUCAUAACUGCUUGUUUAACUAACUUGGUUUGAUUAUGUUAGCCCUACUUCUUUCAUGGGUACAAGUCUUGCUUAAAGGUGCAAGGCCGAUUGCGGUAUUGGAAGGUGAUAUGUAGCCUUAUAGCCUUAUCUGCAGCAUCAAAGUGGCCGUUUUCUGGCUUCAUACACAGGCAUGAGUCUUCUUUAUAGGCAUAUUAGCAUUUUGGUAGCUCAAUGAAUCCUCAAUUCAUUCAAUUUUGAAAAAAACAUUCUUCUUUUUUUUCUUCUCUUAUUCUUUUGUUCUU